AUGGGAAUUUGUAAGUCAAAAAAAUAAAACCAAUCACCUUAAUAAGUAAGAAUUCAACAUGUAAAAACUGCAAAUGCCACCGAUACUGUCAAAGAGAGUAGUCCAAAUAAUGUUGCACCUGGUUCUGUCAUAAUAUAAUCUCAAUAAGAUUUCUUAAUGAGAAGUCAAGAACUAUUAACUCCAGAUAGACAAAAUACUGCUAAUAAAGGCAAGUUUUUUAAUACAUAUACAUUGUUAAAAAACUUAAAAAGUCCCAAUGAACAAAUACGACAAGUUUGUACUGUAUAACAUAAUUAAACUGGAGUUACGAAAAUUGCAAUUAUAUAAACCCAUCAUUAUAAAUAAGCAGAUUUAAAUAAGAUUCAAAAUAAAAUACAAUUACUUAAAAAAUUGGUAUUUAAAUUAUAACUAUAAAAGGAUCAUCCAAACAUAAUGUUUAUAUAUGAUUUUUUUAUUGAUUCAAAAUAAUUGUAUAUAGUAACUGAAAAUUAUGAUGGUGGAACAUUAUUUUCAAGACUUAAAUCUGACAAUAAAGACUAAUCAGUAAGCAAAAACUAAUUGAUUUAAAUUUACUUUUAAUAAAUCUUUGCAGGAUUGUAAUACUUACAUAGUAUUGGAAUUAAUCAUAAGUAAAUAUAAUCAAUAUUUUAGAAAUCUCAAACCUGAAAAUAUUCUUUUUUAAAGCCAACAAAAUUAAUUAAUUAAAUUAGUUGAUUAUAGUAAUUCAAGAGUCAAAUCAAAUGAUGAUGAUUUAAUUGAAAUUAAUUAUCUAGCUCCUGAAGUCAUUUAAAAAUAAUAAUAUACUUAAGCUUCAGAUAUCUGGUCUUGUGGAGUAUUAUUGUAUGAAAUAUGGACAAGAUCAUUACCAUUUUAGGGAGAUAACUUAAAAGAAAAAAAGGAGAAUAUAUUAAAAUGUAAAAUUAUUAAAGAUGAAAGUUGGAAUAAAAUUCCUCCUGAUGCUUAAAAGUUAAUUAAUUUAAUGUUAAAUGUUAAUCCAUGUAAAUCUAUUAUUUAUUUUUAUUAGCCAAACGUAUCAGUGCAGCUGAAUGUUUAAAACAUGAUUAUUUUAAAAAUAUUGUAAAUUAUACUGAUAGAACUUUUGUUGAUGAUAUGUUAUAGAGAAUUUAAUAAUAUUAAUCUAAAUCUGAGUUUCAAAAAUUGUUAUUAUCAAUUAUGAUUAAUAAAUUAAUGGAUGAAAAGGAAAAAGAGAAAUUAAUGAUUGCAUUUGAAGCAAUAGAUGAUAAUAAAGAUGGUAAGAUAACAAAAAGUGAACUCAAAAAAUUCUUAACUUCAGAAAAAUAGAGAACACUUACAGAUAAAAUAUUCUAAAUUUUAGAUUCUAAUUAAAAUGGAUAUAUAGAAUUUCAUGAAUUUUUACUUGCCUCUUGUGAUACUGAUAAACUUGUAAAUAAAGAAAAUCUAGAAAUAUUAUUUAAAUUUAUGGAUAAAAAUUAAAGCUAAUAGAUAACUAUUAAAGAAUUAAAAUCUUUAUUCAUAGAAGCUAGAUUAACUGAUUAAGAAUGGGAAUAAAUAUUUAAUCAAGGAGAUUUGAAUUAAAAUGGAAAACUUUCAUUUUAAGAAUUUUCUCAACUUUUAAAAUCAACUUCAAAUUGA